AUGAGAACCAACGUGUGUUUGCAAUUACUGCCUAUCGUUGUUCAUGGACAGCAGUACCAGAGACUUGACCACAUCAGUCGAUCACUUCAAGAAUCGGAAUACACCAGUAAUGAUUUAGACCGUAUUGUCAAGACGAACUUUCCCUUUCACAAAACGUUUUGUGCUGGAGAAGCUCUCAAAGAUUUUUUACCGGCUUGCCUCGAAAAUGGUAUCGAAACUGUUGAUUCUAAGUUGAAGGUUCGAGCGGCAGUGAGCCUGUCAUUUUGUGAAUUCGAAGAAUCCGGACUUGAUGUAAGGCCUCAACUCUGUUUCGACCUCAAUCAUGCCGACAUUAACAAAUGUGUGGAGGAGUUGCGAAGCUCACCACAGUGGUGGACGACCUACAGUGGAUAUUAUCAACGAUUACCAAGUCUAUGCUACGAACAGUCCUUACCCUACGAAAAGGAUCAACUGCUUGCUCUUUUCCUCAACAUUACUAAAGUCUACUCGAGCUUUAGCGAGUCUGUGGAUCUUGAGCUGACUAAAAAGUUUGCAGAUCUAGAGGAAAGAAGUGCCGAAAUGAUGAACUCUUUUCAAGAAACUCUACAAAAUCAAAUUCAUGAUAUGAACGAGUUGAACGCGGACAAGCUUAGGUCCUUCACAGAUGUAUUUGAUCAGGUUAGGGAGAAAGCCUUUGGCGAUUUUACAGACGGUUUAGUGACUGUGCGCAACGAGCUUGUCGGAGCGGACACCGACUUAUGGCUUGAGCUUAAAACCCUAAGAAAGCAUUUGGAGGACGUAAACCUCGAAUUAGAAGAUCGUGAUUACGUCCAACAAAUCAGGACUCUCAAAAAUGAAGGCGUUGAACUCUCUAAAGAAGCCAAUGAGCACGGUCUUUCGCAUCUGAACACGAUGAACGAGGCGCUCGAGAAAUUAAACCUCAAGUCGACACAGCAGAUUACCGAACUGAAUUCAAACAUCGCAGAUUCUUACCUAGAUGUUUUCGUGGCUUUUCAGGAUUUUAGAGACGUGAUCCGAAACUCCAUGAUCCCUAUCAUUCAAGAUGAAAUGAACCCUCAUCUUGAUGACUUCAACCAAAAACUUUUGAGCAACCUGCAAGAUAUUGAUGCUGCUAUGGAGAGCCAUACAGAAGCCUGGAGUGAUAAUCUGCAUGAUACUUUCGAGAAAGUGAGUACUGAACUUAAUCACACCGCAGCAACUGUCCAGCAAUUGGAGAGUGAUAUCAAGGCAGCCAAGCUACAACUCGGAUUUUUUAUCAAUACCCUUCAGGCGCUCCAAAAUAUUUUACUUGCAAGUAUUCGUCGUGCCUACUACUUCGUAAGUCUCAUUCCAGUCGCGGCUCGUCCCCUUAUCGCCAUUCUCUUUAUGAAGGUAUUUUCAAUUAUCGUCAAUGCCAGCCCGAAUAUGUACACUGCAGUUGCAUAUCUGCCUCCCUUCGUGGGGGAAUUCAUUGUACUUAUGGGCGCACUGGUGGGUGGUUUGUUGCUGGGAUUCUAUACUAUGAUAUAA